AUGAAUACCGUAGAGCGCUCUGUCGCUUACGACGACCGCCCUGAUGCUGGUCUUGGGAGGGUCGGCGAGCAGAACGGUCGGCUUGAUGGCGAGAGGACGGGGGAUGUUGAGAAGGGGAGUUUGGGAUCAGGCCAGACAGAUGACAACGAGCCAGACGCCCCACCGCUAAAAGGUCUCUCGAUUCUCGACCGCUUCCUUGUUGUGUGGAUCAUUCUCGCCAUGGCGAUUGGAAUCAUACUGGGGAACUUUGUGCCCUCGACGGGCCCGGCGCUGCAGAAGGGGACAUUCGUGGACGUCAGCGUGCCGAUUGCCGUCGGCCUCCUAGUCAUGAUGUACCCGAUCCUCUGCAAAGUCCGCUACGAAACCCUGCACCUCCUCCUCUCGCAUCGCGCGCUGUGGAUCCAGAUCGCCUUCUCCUUCGUCCUGAACUGGAUCAUCGCGCCGCUGCUCAUGGUCGGUCUCGCCUGGGCCUUCCUACCAGACCGGCAGGACCUGCGAGAGGGUCUGAUAUUCGUGGGCAUUGCGCGAUGCAUCGCCAUGGUGCUCAUCUGGACGGAUCUCGCGGGCGGGGAUGGCGAUUAUUGCGCCGUGCUGGUAGCGUUUAACAGCAUACUCCAGAUCGUGCUGUUUGCGCCCUUUGCGGUGUUCUACAUCAGAAUCGUGAGUCGGAGCUCGAACGCCGUGAAUGUGAGCUAUAGCAAGGUUGCUACGAGCGUGGCCGUCUUCCUCGGUAUACCGCUCGGCGCCGCUGUAAUAACACGCCUCGUCCUCCGCCGCCUCCUCGGCGAGCGCAGAUACCAGCUCCACUUCCUGCGCUACAUUGGCCCCCUGAGUCUAAUCGGCCUUAUAUACACCAUAAUCGUGCUCUUCGCCUCGCAAGGCGCGCACGUGGUUUCCCAGAUCACAUCCGUGCUGCGCGUCUGCGCCCCGCUGGUCGUGUACUUCCUCCUGGUCUUCAGCGCCACGGUCUACGCGUGCUGGAAGUUCGGCUUUGGAUACAGGGUCAGCUGCACGCAAAGUUUUACGGCGGCGAGCAACAACUUUGAGCUGGCGAUUGCGGUCGUGGUCGCGGUUUAUGGCGCGGGGAGUGGACAGGCGCUGGCGAGUACGGUGGGGCCGCUCAUUGAAGUGCCGGUGCUCGUGGGGCUGGUUUAUGUGCUUAAGUUUGUGAAGAGGAGGUGGGGUUGGAAGGAUUAG